AUGAUUGCUUAUGAAAGAUACAGCUCUCAAAUAAGGCAGCCUAGAACUGUAACUCCUCAAUUCAGUCCUUCUCCAGUGAAUAAAGUUUUGCUGCUCCCACAGCUUUCCAAAAUUACUCAAACCCCUUCGUUCCCAUUAAUAUCCGGCAAGCGAAACCUCUCAAUGCAGCCAACCAAGACAAAAAUCGAAACAAACCCUAUAUCAAAUCGUCCAUCAGAGUGCUUCAAGCUAAGCGGCUUAGAAGAUUUUAUUAUUACCAGAAUUCUUGGGAAAGGCUCUUAUGCUAUCGUUAGAUUGGCUAUAAAUAAAACAUCAUCAGAACAAUUUGCUAUAAAAAGUUACGAUAAAACCAAGAUAAGCUCAACACAAAGCAAAAAAAAUUUAAAAACUGAGAUAAAAAUACUGAAAUUUUUGGAUCAUCCCAAAAUUAUUAAACUUUAUGAAAUCAGAGAAACACCAUUAGGCGCACAUUUAAUUUUGGAAUAUUUUAAUGGCUGCUCACUUGAAGAUUAUGUAAAACACCGGCGAAAAUUAGAAGAGUAUGAUGUAGCAGAUAUUUUUAAACAAAUUUUGUCAGCAAUAUCCUAUUGCCACAUGCUGAAAAUUGCACAUAGGGAUAUAAAACUUGGAAACAUUCUGAUAGAUUCUCACAAACAAGUAAAAAUGAUCGAUUUUGGAUUUGCGACCCACACAUUAAGGAGAAAAAAAUUCAGCGUGAAUUGUGGGACACCUUAUUAUAUGGCUCCAGAAAUUGUAUUAAAAAAAACUUAUGACCCUUUGGCUGCUGAUAUUUGAGCAAUGGGAGUUUGCUUAUACGUGAUGCUUACUGGAGAAGAACCUUUUAGAGGAAAAAACCAAAAAGAAGUUUAUAGAAAAAUUGUUAUGGGAGUAUUCACAAUACCGAAAAAUUUAAGCAAAGGCUCAAAAGGACUGAUUAAAAAUCUUAUGCAAGUAGACCCAGGGUGCAGAAUUUCUGCAAGUCAAGCUUUGCAUGAUUCUUGGCUUAAUUCUUACUCAAAGCGGCAAUCCGACACAAAAAUAGGUUUCGACACAAAUUUUUUAUUAUCAGAUACAGAAGAAGAAGUCCAUAAUAAGCAAUUUGGAGAAUACAUUAGAGACAAUGUAUUUAAAGAAAAUUUGUAA